AUGGCUACUUCUUCAAUAGUUUCAAUGGCAAUGCCACUAACUUACACAAGCCAAAAGAAGCAACCAAUUGUUGAAGCUUUCUUUAAGCCAUUGCCAAUUAGGCCCUCAAAACAAAUUGUAACUUCAAAACAAGUUGCUAAGUUUGUAGUCAAAGCUUCACUUAAGGACAAGGCAGUGGCAGGACUGUCAGCAGGUGUACUCACAGCAUCAAUGGUUGUACCUGAUGUAGCACAAGCUGCUGAUGGUGUGUCACCAUCACUCAAGAACUUCUUGCUUAGCAUUGUGUCAGGUGGGGUUGUGCUUGGUGCAAUUAUUGGUGCAAUUAUUGGUGUCUCCAACUUUGAUCCUGUUAAGAGGGGUUAAUUUUAUGCCUUUCUUUUAAUUGUAUCUAUAUAUGAUAUUGUUUAAUUUUCAAGUAUUGUUUUGUGUA